CAUCUCCAUGGUAACACAGCAAACAGAUGCUUUAAAAGCCAGGACGCAGAAGACUGCACUUGGAAGUUUGUGGAGUCAGUUGAAACUGUUCCAGGAAAUGGCUUUCUUUGGAUUAACUUUUCUGGGCUAUCAGGAUCCCUUUCGGGACCGAAGACUCGAGUUACCAAAGUAUGAAGUGCCAGUGGGAACACCAAAACCGAAACUGGAGCUUUUCUACCCAAAGCUGCCACCCAUAGGACCGGCUGGAUAUGAUGGCACAGUGCACCGGGGCAGCUACGACAGGUAUCGAGCAGCCGUCAAACAGAGAAAGCUCCAGAAAUAUCCCAAUCAAAUAUACAGGAUACCAAUGACCUGUGCACAAGAUAUUGGCUGGUGGCUGCCUAAGGAUCCAUUGGUCAGGCCAGAAGUUGCCAUGCCUUGGAUGAGGGUGCAAAGAUAUCCCCAGCCACGGAGCUCCAUGACCAAGUUUAUAGACUACAUGGCGAUCACCAACCCUCUCUUCAGCCUGUUCUGAGACCCCCAUUGGGAAUCAUCACAAGAAGACAACUUGCAUAGAAUCACCAUUGUGGCAAUGCUCAGGGAUGGAUGUGCAAUAAACCAUUUCCAAGUGAUUGCCCAGGGCCAGAGCACCAGUUGUACCAAUAAACAGGGUACAAAUA